AUGAAUCUUCUUUUGCUGUCUUUGCUUAUUAUACAAAACGUCACGAGCUACUUUGAGAAUUUUAAAAAUGGAGUCAACACACAGUUCGUUAAAGACAAAGUGAAGUACGGCCCUGGAAACGAGGUGCACAAUUUAAACAGCCUGAGCGGGGGAUGCCCCCGAGGGAGCACCGGAACGCCUGGCUCAUAUUUCAAGUCACAGCAUCCCAAAAUUGACGUGAACAAGUUGGACUCCCUUUUGAACACAUCUAAUUAUCUGAAGCCACUUCAGUAUAUCCUAAAAAGUAGUGAAUCCAUGAAAAUGUUCGCUAACUCAGCUAGCCAGUUGUCACCAUAUAGGUUGUCUCGAAAACUAAACGAUGAUUCUUCAAACUACGAUGAUGGGAAAGACGACGAAAGUUUUCUAGAAACGAAUGGAAGUGACAAGGCGAGCGAUAAGGAUGAUGAUGGUGAGGACAAGGAUCAGUUCGAUGACGAAAACGAGGACAGCUUUCUAGAAACGAAUGGAAGUGACAAGGCGAGCGAUAAGGAUGAUGAUGGUGAGGACAAGGAUCAGUUCGAUGACGAAAACGAGGAUAGCUUUCUAGAAACGAAUGGAAGUGACAAGAUGAGCGAUAAGGAUGAUGAUGGUGAAGACAAGGAUCAGUUCGAUGACGAAAACGAGGACAGCUUUCUAGAAAAAGACGAGUAUGACGAGAUUAGCGAUAAUGAUCACGACAUGGAUAAUGACGACUUUUCCGAAGACCAUGAAGAAAGCUUCCUUGAAAAAGAAGAAUACGAUGACGUCAGUGACAACGAUAAUGACGAGUUCUAUGAUGAGGAUGCGGAGAGCUUUCUCGAGCAGGAGGAGUACGAAGAUCUAAGUGAUAACGAGAAUGACGAAUUCGAUGAGGCCCAUGGGGAGAGCUUCCUAGAAAAAGAGGAUGGCGAUGACGACAGCAAUGAUGACAGUAAUGAGGACAAUGGAAAGGAGUACAAAGAGGAGUACCAAAAUAAAAUGACUGACGAUGACUACCCGGAUGAGUACGUUGGAUCGGACGACCUCAAGAACAGCACCAAGGAAAGCACUCAGAGUGGCAACGAAAAUGGAAGCAAAAAAGAUGGAGGCAACGAAAAUGGAAACAAAAAAGAUGGAGAAAACGGAAAUGGAAGCAAAAAAGAUGGAGGAAACGACAAUGGAAGCAAAAAAGAUGAAAGUAAUGCGAAGGAACUAAAAAAUAAAGGAAAGGAAAGCUUUUUAGAGCAAAACGUGAAUGGACACACAGAGGAAGAAAAUGAAAAGCACAGCACCUUUGUGUCUAGCUAUCUAGAUAACGACGACACGGAGGAUAAACACAAUGACGAGAUUUAUAAUGAGGGCAGCUUUCUAGAAGAGGGCUCGUACAGCCAUAAUGACGACGGGGAGAGUGAUGACACCUUCGAUGAAUACUACGAGGAUAGCUUCUUGGAGCGCGGAAAACUCGGAACGCCAUACAGUGAUUACUACGAGGAGGACGCCGACGAGGAGGACACCAAGGAGGCCAACGAAGACACCUUCGACAACCACUACCUGAACGAGAUAAGCAGCACAAACGAUGUGCACUCCUUUAUCCAAAAAGAUAUGGGAUUCAUUGACGAACUAAUCGAUGACAACGAAACUAUAAAGGAGGCCGUGAAGAAGGGAUCCAAGAAGGCAAUGAAGCAAUCCAUGCACAAGCUGAACCUUCUUGACGACGAAGACUUUGAAGAUAAAGAAUCCCUUUCGGAUGAUGAAAUAAAUGGGUUCAUGGAGGAAAAUAUGGAUGCUUCUAAGUUAGAUGCGAAAAAGGCUAAAACGACUUUGAGGAACCCGGAAAAAAAUAAAAAUGCAUCCAGCGCUGAGGGUAAGGGUAGCGGCUCGAACGGCAACGCAGGCAGCUCGAUCACCGCAACCAACGCAACCAACGCCACUACGAAGAGCAAGAGCGAGACGAACAAAAAGCAAACCGAUUUGUCCAACGAAGAUCUGUUCAAUGACGAACUCACAGAAGAAGUCAUUGCAGAUUCGUACGAAGAGGGAGGAAAUUUAGGAACCGAGGAAGGUGAAAAUUUCACAAAUGCAUUUGACGAUAAGCUACUAGAUCAAGGAGUGAAUGAAAAUACCCUACUGAACGAUAACAACAUGAUUUUCAACGCAAAGAUGGUUCCACAUAAGAAGAGAGAAUUGUACAUCUCUCCGCACAAGCAUACCUCUGCGACAAACAAUAAAAGUGGCAAGCACCAAGCGGUGGACGUGGACGCCUUGGACAAAAAACUAAGGGCUCACCAACUGCUCGAACUGGAAAACGGAGAAGGCAACAACUCAGUUAUUGUCGAAACGGAAGAAGUAGAUGUUGACCUAAACGGAGGAAAAUCAAGCAGCUCCGUGUCCUUUCUCAGCUCCGUAGUUUUCUUGCUCAUCGGAUUGUUAUGUUUCACCAAUUAA